UCGGAAUAGUCUAGGCGCCCUUUGGAAUGCCGAGAUGGCAAACGCGAGGAAGAACCUACAAAAACAUUCAAAACUGUUUGUUCUACUUAAUUUCAUGACACUGACAAGCAAUGCCAUUGAGACAGUCAACCUUGUAGACUUCUGCGGCCAGACCGUCCGAGACGACGGCAUGAUCGUCAACUCCCACCGGGAUACCCGCAAGUACUACUUUGUCACCAUAGGGACGGACUGCCACCUCACGAUGCAGGCGGCCACCCCCAGGGACAAGGUGCAGUUCCAUUUCCGCUUCUUCCUGGUGUACAGCCUGCUGAGGGUGACCCCCCUCAGCCAGCCCCUGCUGAGCCCCGGGGCUGGGGACCCCUGCCACGCCGGGUCUUUCAUCCAGUUCUACGACGGAAAGGACAAGACGGCCCCUCUGCUUGGGCCGUCGCUGUGCGGGAAGAGCAUUCCCAGGCCCAUCCUGUCCACAGGAAACUAUCUCACCCUGCGGCUGAUGACCAGAGGUACCCAGCCCAGGGUGGACUUCAUGGGCCAUUUUACAUCUUUUAGGCUGGGGUUCAACCAAUCAGAAUGCAGGAGUAAACCGUAUUUCACUUGUGAAAAUGGGAAGUGCAUUCCUGCGAGUCUGGUGUGCGAUGAUCAUGGAAUCGAUAACUGUGGAGAUGGCAGCGACCAGGCAGACCGCCCACCUGCGGAUUGCAAAGGCCAGUCCUCCACAGCAAGGGCCAGGCAUCCAAGGGUUACGCCCCCUUCACCCAUCUUGAACCCGCCCACUUUAUCUCGGUCUACCAAUAGCUGUGGGACUCCAGAUAGACCAGAUUUUGUGCCAGACUCUCAGAACUACAUUUCCCUGCUGGGCCUGUACAUCCUGCUGGGGGUGCUGGCGGGGAUGCUGGUGCUGUGCUGGUGUUGCUGGUCACCGGGCUGGUUCCUGUGGAGGGUCAGCGUGUGCCGCUUCCUGCCCUGCUGCAAUUCGGCCUGUGCCUCCUGCCAGUUCUGCACCCGCAGCUGCUCCCGUCCCGGCAAGGAGCCCCGCCCAGGCAAGGUCACGCCCCAGGGUACCAACACAGCGACCCCCAUGGCUGUGUAGCCCCCACCCUGAGCGCCAAACCCAGACUGGCCUCACCCCUGGGCAAAUGUGCAAACCUGGGUAGGACUCCCUCUUUGGAGCUAUGUGUGUUCUUUGCCGAACAUGGGAUACCAUUUUCUUUUUUGUUUCAUGUCCUUUUGUAAACCUACGGGAAGCAGAAGAACGAGGAACCACACAACUGACUGGACUCUGUCCAAUAAGACGUUGAGAAUAAGUAAAGAGUUGAAUAGAUUGAGAUUGCGUAGAGUAACAGAUCAGAUUGAGUCACAAACUGUUGGAUUCAGAUUCACGUAAGAUUAGCAGCGGAAACAGGGUGCUCGAAUAUCAGAAAUAGAUACAAAAGGACACUAUCCUCCAUUAUUUCUCCCACCAUGCAAACAUCCAGCUGAAGGUUCCAUUCCUGAGAUGAUUACAGAAAUGUGAGAGGUGAACAUCACUCAUGGUUACUCCUCUACUCUCUUCUCAUCACCCAGCAGAGGGGGGAAGUCCAGAGGUCAAAAAGUAAAAUCCUCCCCAGAAUUAUGUUCUAGUCAUCUGGAUUUGCCAAUUAGCACAAUUCUUCAGCCAGGAGAUAGAAAUAAUGAGCAAAAUAAGGUGGCUGGGUUCAUAGGUGAAAGAAACGCAUGGCAGGUCUUUUAGUUUCUGGCCCCUGGACUUUCCACCUCUGUCACCCUGUGACAUAUGUCCUGCAACUGAAUACCAAAUCAGCAAUAAGUGUGGACACCAUUCGCCAAGAUAAUCCCCAUUGUGAUUGUCACAUACCAGAUAUUUACAAUUUGCCAAAAAUGAGCUCUAUCAAAAAUGCGAAAUCUUCUCCCAAUCCUCUCCCUACAAAUGAGCUCAGAGGCCCCUUAAAUAUUACCUUUCCUGUAAUGUAACGACUGAGAGGCAAUGUUACAGUGGUAAUGUCUUAUAUUCCUAUGACUUGCUACCUUUGUAUUGUUAUCCAUAAAAUGUAUGACCAUAUUGUCAUGAGUCUAGACUGAAUAUGAGCAGCAUCCAAAGCCUUUUGCUGAAAAUAAAUUGCUGUUUUGAUAAAUGAUAGCACAGUCCUUGUAUGUACAGUACUGUAUAAUUGUAGCAAUCAGAUGCACAGGAAAAGCAUCUGGUAUGUUUGUUAAAUUGCAUUUAGAUUUAGAUUUGAGACAUAAGAGCAAGGGGAUUAUGGCUUUUGAGUCUUGGGGAUUGAUUCAGUCAAUCUAUUCUGCAGCUGAAAGAAAUUCCAUCUAAAUGAUACAUUUGCUGGAUGUAUAAUAUCAACAAUUUGUUGUUAAUGUGUAAUAUAUUAAAUGAAAAAAAGAAUGUUGAAACUACCUAAAUUACCUGCUCGAAAAUGUCUUUAAAGUAGGGCGGUAUUAUUCCUUAGAUGAUGUUAUUCUCUUACUUUGGAUUACUUAUUAUUCUCUUUCUUCUCAUUCUGUUCACGAUGCUUUGCCUACUUGAUACUAAGGACCAAUCAGUAUGUUGGGCAUAUACCGAUCAUUGGGUUAAUUUGAGUGAACUCUGAUUGGUUAGAUGUAAGGUAAAAAUGAUUUCACAUGCCUUUUAUUUACUGAAUGAGAAAAACAAAUGGGUUUACUGUAAUUAACCUAAUUUCAGAAUUCAAAAACAUAAACAGCAGCAAUGAAGGGCCUGGUUUUACUGUAACAGAAUAUAUAAUAAAUAUAUUUUCAAAUC